AUGUCAGAUUUGGUUCAAGCAUAUCUAUUUGUUAAAAUGAACUGUAGAGAGUACCUGGACCCAGUUCAAUUGUUUGGGCUAGUAACUUUCCGUCAGCCGAUGGCGAGAGUUUCUCAGACCAAAACCCAAACCAAACCCACCAGCAGAAAGUCUCUUCACAACGCCGUUUUACAAGACUCAAUUCAGUUUGCCGCGAGAAGUAUAAACUGGGGUCUUGCUCACCCUAUAACUAGCAGUAGCGCAGGCGAAGUCUGCCCACCCAAUCAGCAUUCCGUCAGCUCUGAGUAUUUGAUCACUAACGUGAAGCAUCAUCUUCGUUUGGUACUCUUCUGGCCUGCUAACAGCUCAGGUGUUACAGGAGAAGCAGGCGGACUGAUCAACCUAGCUGAAAUGGCUAAUCGUUUGCCACUACUAAUUUCGGCUCCUGUGCAUACAAAUUACUUGGAGGCAUGGCCGCUUUCCGACCUAGAAGAAGCAUCUAUUCAACUGAUGAAGACGAUGCUGAUAAACGAGGUAGCCGAAAAGACGUUAGCCAGUUAUGGGCGAGUCUGUCGACAAAUACAUCUGAGAUCGCUGGAGCUGAGUCUUCGCUCCUUCUUUCUUGUUCUGGGUUAA